GAGCUACAAGGUCCGUUUCAACAGCGUCUCCUCUUACUCGGACGCGCGGAAAUCCUCAAGCGAUGGCCCCGACCCCAGGGACAACUUUGAAAGCACGGGGCCGCUGGCUAAUGUCAGGUUCUCCGUGUUUGGGCUGGGGUCGCGUGCUUACCCCCAUUUCUGCGCCUUUGCCCGGGCGGUGGACACUCUCCUGGAGGAGCUGGGUGGAGAGCGGAUCCUCCGCAUGGGAGAAGGCGAUGAGCUCUGUGGCCAAGAGGAGUCCUUCAGGACCUGGGCCAAGAAGGUCUUCAAGGCAGCGUGCGACGUGUUCUGCGUGGGGGACGACGUCAACAUCGAGAAAGCAAACAACUCCCUCAUCAGCAACGACCGGAGCUGGAAAAGGAGCAAGUUUCGCCUGACCUACGUGGCUGAAGCCCCGGAACUCACACAAGGGUUGUGCACCAUCCACAAAAAACGCGUCUACGCAGCCCGGCUUAUCACACGUCAGAACCUGCAGAGCCCAAAGUCCAGCCGCUUGACGAUUUUCCUGCGCCUCCACACCAACGGACACCAGGAACUGCAGUACCUGCCCGGCGACCACCUGGGCGUGUUUCCAGGGAACCAUGAAGACUUGGUCAAUGCCCUGAUCGACAGGCUUGAAGACGCCCCUCCGGCCAACCAGCUGGUGAAGCUGGAGCUCCUGGAGGAGAGGAACACAGCUCUAGGUGUCAUCAGCAACUGGACAGACGAGAACCGUGUCCCACCAUGCACCAUCUUCCAGGCUUUCAAGUACUAUUUGGACAUCACCACCCCUCCCACACCCCUGCUGCUGCAGCAGUUUGCUUUGUUGGCCACCAGUGACAAGGAGAAGAAGCGUCUGCAGGUCCUUAGCAAGGGCUUGCAGGAGUACGAGGAAUGGAAGUGGUCCAAGAACCCCACCAUCGUGGAGGUGCUGGAGGAGUUCCCCUCAGUACAGAUGCCCUCCACGCUGCUGCUCACACAGCUCCCCCUCCUCCAACCACGCUACUACUCCAUCAGUUCCUCCCCAGAGAUGUACCCGGGCGAGGUCCACCUCACCGUGGCAGUGGUCUCCUAUCGCACGAGAGAUGGAGAAGGACCAAUCCACCACGGAGUCUGCUCCUCUUGGCUCAAUCGGAUCCAGGCCGAUGAAGUAGUGCCCUGCUUCGUAAGAGGCGCGCCCGGGUUCCACCUGCCCCAGGACCCCCAGGUGCCCUGCAUCCUCAUCGGCCCCGGCACCGGCAUCGCCCCUUUCCGGAGCUUCUGGCAGCAGCGGCUUUUUGAAAUCCAGCAGAAAG